AUGUAUUUCUAUUUAUGUAGGCGUUCAUUACCUUCCAGUUUACAACAUGAAAUCAAUCAAUUUGCUAUCGAUGGAUUUGCAAAAAAAUAUUUUGCAACACAUAAAAGGGGAUUAUUUAGAAGAGCUGUACCGAUAAAAGAAUUAUUAUGUUGGACAAAGGAUUCAAUUAAACAACCCUUAUUAUUAGCAUCGUCAGACAAAGAUGCCUUGAAAUGUUUCAAAAUUUUACAAGUCUUGAUGAAUGAUAGACCAAGACCUCGUCAUUUUAAUUUUAUCGAGUCUUUACAAUCUAUUUUAAGUUGUGGCAUCACAAAAGGGCACUUGCGUGAUGAGAUUUAUGUUCAAAUCUGCAGGCAGUUGAAUAAGAACCCUAAAAUUCAAUAUGUAACUAGAAGACUAAAUCGUAUUUGUACUAAAGGUGCAAGAGGAAAAAUACUUUCAGCAGCAGAAAUAGAAAGAGCCAUGGAAGCUCCUUUUAAACCUUCAGUCUUUGGUGAGUCUUUAGAAUCUAUUAUGGUACUUGAAAGGAAAAAUCAGUCGACACUUAAAAUACCCAAAAUUGUUACCUUCUUAACGCAUGCUGUGCAUCACUUAAAUGGGAAAACGACUGAAGGUAUCUUUCGUGUACCAGGAGAUGCAGAUGCAGUAACUAAAUUGGUAAUACUUAAUCCAAAUGUACCUGCAUCUCUUUUAAAAUAUUGGUUACGUGAUCUUGCAGAUCCUUUAGUUCCCAGUGAAUUUUAUGAUGCAUGUAUUAAGCAUGCUAAUGAUAAAGUAAAGGCGAUUGAAAUAAUUAAUUUGUUACCUGAUAUAAAUCGACGUAUUGCACUUUAUAUGAUUCGCUUUCUUCAAGAUUUUACAGAUCCAACAGCUAUAGAGCAUACAUUAAUGAAUAUAGUCAAUUUAGCUAUGGUAUUUGCUCCAAGUUUUCUAAGAUGUCCUUCUGCAGACUUGAAAACUAUCUUUGAAAAUUCUAAAUACGAACAAGACUUUUUAAAGACCUUGAUCACUUUUUUAACUGUUGAUCCAGAUGACUGUGUUUAUAGCGAUGAAAAAAAUUCAACUACUACAACAAUAAAUCAAAUAUUUGAUAAAAAUCAUGAUUAUUACAGUUUUAAAACUUCUGUUCAUGAAGAUGCCUUAAAUGGAUUUACAAUUGAAUAUAAAAAUUAUUAUAAAAUUGUGACAAAUAAAAUGACUUCCAAGACUUAUUGUUUGGUAGGAUUUAACCAAGAUCGACCUGAAGAAUGCUCAAUAGAAACAACCAUUCAAAUACCUAUAAAAACGUUUAGUAUAGAUUCUGAUUCAUAUCAAGUUGUACCUUUUAUUGAAUUACUGGGACUUCAAAAUAAUGUGACAAAGACUGCAACCGUUAAUAUGACUUCGCCUUGUAUUCAAGAUACACAUAUUAUUUCACCUGAUAUUACUUUUUCAUCUAUUCACUCUGGUGCAAUGUUUAAAGCAUCUUGGAUACUUUAUCUUGGUGCAUUUUUUGAUUUGGAACUCAAGGCAUUUUCUAUUUAUAGCCAAAUCUCAAAUAAUUAUGAAUGUCAUAAACACAACUUGAUAAAUAUGAAAACCUCUUCCCGUAAAGGAGUCUCCUGGACAACCUAUUCACCUUCUAACAAACUUUAUACUGUUCAUAGUGACCUUUAUUAUUUUCAAUUGACUCAAGAUGCAGGUGGCCAUCUGGAGGCUACAAAUGUCGCUCAAGGAGACACUUUUCAAACAGAUAUAACAAUAGAUCAAUUAGCUUUAGUGAAUGCUUUGCAUGGAGCAGAAUAUAUUAUUGAUACUAGUUCUAUAGAGAUCGACUAUUCUACAUGGUUAAAUGGCAAUGCACUUUAUUUUACUAAAAACGAUAGUAUUCAAUCUCGUAUCAGACAAGUCCCUGCCAUUGUCAAUCAUAAAGUUUAUUCUAUGAAUGGGCUUGUCAGUAAGAAUCAUAUUUCAGGUAAUAUGAUAAUAAUAAAAGAAAAGAGAAAAAGGGAUAGAGUCUAA